AUGCCAAAACACUAUUGUGACUACUGCGAUGUGUUUCUGACCCAUGACUCUACAUCCGUGCGCAAAGCUCACAACAGCGGAAGGAACCACCUGGCGAACGUCCAGGAUUAUUAUGCAUCGCUAGGACACGACAAGGCGCAAAAUAUUAUCGACCAGAUUACUUCGGCCUACGAAUCCGGUGGAGGACCUCCCCGUGGUGGCUUCAAUUUCGGACCCAAUGCGUUUGCUCCUCCACCACCAAACUUUGGUGGGCCUGGAUUCGGCCCCCCACCUAUGGGAUUCGGAGGACCACCACCUGGCGGAUUUCCCCCUUUCCCUCCUGGCAGUUUCCCCGGAGGACCUCCUCCUAUGGGUAUGAGAGGGCCUGGAGCACCACCUAUGGGUGCACCACCCUUCCCUCCCAACGGAGCUCCUCCCUUCCCACCUAACGGCGCGCCCCCAUUCCCACCAAACGGUGCUCCACCUUUCCCGCCUAAUGGUGCUCCGCCUUUCCCUCCAAACGGCGCACCUCCUUUCCCUCCCAAUGGCCCUGGAGGUCCUGGAGGCCCUCCAUCCGGUCCUCCGGGUGUUCACCCAGACCGCAUGCGAAUGAUGGGAGGCCGAUGA